AAAAUAAAAAUCUAGUGGAAAGUACUAGAAAGAAACGACGCUCACGGUUUAUUUCUCUCUCUGCCUAUAUAUUCCACGCUGUCUGUCCUUUGCUUGCGGUGUCCUCUACAUUCUAGGGUUUCAAAACUUUUACCUUCCCUUCCGAGAUUAAAGAUGAGUCGUCAUCCUGAGGUGAAGUGGGCUCAGAGGGUGGACAAAGUUUUUAUUACGGUGCUAUUGCCAGAUGCCAAAAAUGCAAAGGUUAAUCUUGAGCCAGAGGGUGUUUUUACAUUCUCUGCCAGUGCUGGAGCAGGAGACAAUCUUUAUGAACUGAAGUUGGAACUCCAUGACAAGGUUAAUGUGGAGGAAAGCAAAAUUAAUAUUGGGGUAAGAAGUAUAUUCUGCAUCCUGGAGAAGGCUGAGAAAGGGUGGUGGAAAAAGUUGUUGCGAGGAGAUGGCAAGCCCCCACAUUAUCUCAAAGUAGAUUGGGACAAAUGGGUAGAUGAAGAUGAAGAUGACGGUGGUUUAGGCAACAACUUUGACAUGGGAGGGAUGGAUUUCUCUAACUUCGGUGAUAUGGGAGGAAUGGGUGAUGAUGGUAUGGGUGAAUUUGAUGACAGUGAUGAUGAGGAUCAAGAAGUGGCAAAGCCUGAAAAGGCAGAAGGUGCUGCAAAGACAGGUGAAGAAGAAAAACUAGAAGAGAAAAAGGAUGCUGCACCAAGCAGUUGAAUAUGUUAAUUUAUUGAAACGAUAGUUGUGCGCUAAAUUUUUCGGUAUACUAGUUAAAAGAGUGCUAUUUUCCUUAGCUGAGUGGAGUUGAGACAUUUCUGUCUUAUAGACAGUUGAAAAUGCUCUUUAACUUGGAUUAGAAUGUUGUACUUCUAGUCGUGCUUCAUGGAUGAUUAUUUGAGCUAAGAUUUGCCCUUCCAUA